AUGAACAGUGUUGAACACCUGAGCUGGUUGGGAUUGUAUAAGGACAUGUCAGAUGGCACCCACAAGCCCUCCCCUUUCUACCAUAAAAGAACCCUGCGCAAGACCCGUGAGGAGUGUGAGCACGUCAGGGAAAAGUUCCUCCAAAUGAGUUCUCUGGAGGUUUCUGUAGAGGUGAGACAGUAUCUUAAAACACCAACCUUUGAUAACUGGCAAUGGGAAGACGCUGAGAUCAUGGUGUUGCUCCAGGUGAUGUACACUGAUCUGGACUUCAUCUCCUCCUUCAACAUUGAGCUGGACGUGCUGCAGCAGUUCCUUUAUGAAGUGUACAGACGCUACAAUAACAUCCCCUUCCACAACUUCAAGCACUGCUUCUGCGUCACUCAGAUGAUGUAUGGCCUGAUAUGGCUAACAGAUCUCAGAAGCAAGAUGGACAGUAUUGACCUCCUCAUCAUGCUAACCGCAGCCAUCUGUCACGAUCUAGAUCACACCGGCUACAACAACGCAUACCAGAUUAAUGCCCGCACUGAGCUCGCCUUGAGGUACAAUGACAUCUCCCCACUGGAAAAUCACCACUGCGCUGUAGCUUUUGAAAUCCUGGAAAAGACUGAAAGCAACAUUUUCCGAAACUUGUCGACAGAGCAUUUCAAAAGAAUAAGAGAGGGCAUAAUUAAGUGUAUUCUUGCUACUGAUAUGACCAGACAUACUGAGAUCCUCAACAAGUUCAAAGCCCUUCUCCCUGUGUUCGACUUCAGUAACAAAGAUCACAGAGAUGUGUUGAUGAUGAUCAUGAUUAAAGUAAGUGACAUCUCUAAUGAGGCGAGACCCAUGGAUGUGGCAGAACCGUGGCUGGACUGUCUGCUGCAGGAGUUCUUCAAUCAGAGUGACAUGGAGAAGUUGGAGGGUCUUCCUGUCACUCCGUUCAUGGAUCGAGACAAAGUGACGAAACCGUCUUCUCAGACUGGAUUCAUUCGAUUCGUUCUCUUUCCUCUGUUCAUUGAACUGGCCAAUCUGUUCCCCUGUCUGGAGCAGCACAUCAUUGACCCUGUGAGGAAAGCCCUGGAUUAUUACACAGAGAUGGAGAAAGCUCUGGAGAGGGAGAAACAGAACUGGGCCCAGAGUGAGAAGAUGGUCAAGCCCAGCACCUUAAAAGAGCCCGAAGCUCGUCCAGAACCUGGUGGGACGACGAAACCAGUCAACCUAUAAUCUAACCUCACACUGUUAAACGUUAGUUGAAUUCCAGAAUUGUGCUUUAAGGCUUAAUGUAAAUUAAUUUAUGCUACUUUUACCAGCUAAAUAUACUUUGUAUAUAUAUAUUCAAGCAAGGGUUGAAUAGUUUCACUAAAUAUAUACAAAGUGGCCAUUACAAAUAAAACAUAAUCACAAAGUGAUUGAUUAACUUACAUUUUGCCUUCUUCUAAUUUUAUAUAAUUUUUUUCAUUACAAAUUAUCAACAUAAAAAGAACUAAAAUCAGAAUGUCUGCUGAGAAUCGCUUUUCUUUGUCAAGAUAGUCUUGAAAAUGGACGUAGUGAACAUGCAGAGUUACCCCAGAAGAUGGCGCUACUAGAAGCUAUAGUUUCAUAGGCAUGAGCGAGGAGGCUGUAACUGUCCAAUUACAUCAUGAAAAUAAGCGAAUUAAUCACUGCUAACUACAUUAUAGGA